AUGCCGGUGGCGACGUCAUCGAUAACAAAGCUUCAGGUCAAGCCGCAAGGUACCACCGUAUCGGGACGCCGGUCGAUACGUUCAACAGCGUUGGGUCGAAGGAAGCAGUACAUCGUGCAGUCCAAACCGAGAUGGAAGAUCACCAAGUGGCAGCUCUUCAACAUCAUUCGUCGGCUUGUGGUGAUCGUGGCUGCGUUCUUGUACAUCUACGUGUCCAUGAUGGCGACUUGGCGCACGAUGGAGGUGCUGCGUGAUAUGUCCAACCCCACUCAACCGUUCGGCUCCUUCACGUCGUCUCUUAUCGGCGGCUACAUUGGUGACGGCUUCGUCCGGGACAGCCCCCUUGUGCAAGACGUCUUAGGUGGGGAUACAACGCCGCGAGACUACGUCUUGUUCCUCGAGUCUGAGACGAAGACCUCCGUCAAUAAUUGCUCCAACGUGCCGCUGUUCACACCCGACCUGUACAAAUACGCCUUCCUGAUCCACGGGUACAUGGAAAUCGUGAACGAUACCAGCUACAACGUCACCAUCCUCGAUGAACUCGAGCUUGUUGUGGUGGUGGUGGACUGCAGUUUCACGCCAUUAACGAAGGGUGAUCGGUCGGCAGCGCGCGUCUUCAGCCUGGUUCGUUCCAUCAACGACCCUGACGAUUUGUAUCUGGUCAUGGCGUCGCUAUCUGUUCAGGACUACGAGAUACGCGCACACAAUAAAUUCGGUCCGGCCCUCCUAGGAAUGCUCACCUUAAUUCACGACAUGGGAGAGGCAAAUCCCGAACAAGUUUACCUCGUGACUCCGACGUACCCGUACCAACGUUCGCUGGAGUUCGAGCCCUAUGAGUUCGUAAGGGAAACUAAAGGGUACUUGGAGUUGCGCAGCGUACCCCGAGACCCGCUCACCCAACCAGUUAAGGAUCUCCUCACAACGAGGAAACGCGGCUUCUUUGAUGGCGACGUGCAGUCGAAUAUCAACUACAUGUACACAUUGCAAAAUGCUGUGGAUGCGAAAAGCGCGCUGACAGACUGGGAAUGGUUUGGCCAGCCGACUACCACCGACGCGUGGGCUUGGAUUAUCCACAUCUAUCGAUUUAACCUGCUACGGGCUGCGUCUGGAGUUCUGGAUGGGGUUGUUUCGUACUCCAACAAGCUUUUCCUGCUUGGUGACGAAUGGGUACCGGACGUCGUGUACGCGAUGUCUCCGAUGGAUUUCUGGUCCGCCUUCCAGAUCCCGGCAAAAGAUGGCACCUUCAUUGCUACUUCGUUCUUUCCUAGAUUGGUCUUGCUAUUGACAAUUUCACACUACGCCAUGCUACGGAAGGUGUACCGGCACUUCUACCCUGAAAAAGUCGAUCUCAAAUCGGGCCACACUGCGGAUCGAUCUACGAACGAGAAGGCUGCGCUUGCCGAGAAAGGGCACUUGACUAACUUUGAGAUCUCGACGGGCGCAGAGUUACAGACGCGCUUUGGGAUCAUCUCGGACUACAAGAAUUACGUUUACUUCAAGGGGAUGAAGUUCGCGUCGGCGGACGGCGUGUACUGCUCGGGGUAUGUCAUCGUAAACGGCAAAUUCUUGGUGGCGUCAAAGGACUUACAAGCGAUCGUGAUGAUGAAACUGGUACGCGCACGCUAUAGGAAUGUGUACGCGUACGAAAUCGAGGGCAAUAACGUACAGGAUGCUGCACGGUUAGUGUUUCCGGACACCUUCACGUGGACGGAUUUGUGGCACCUGAAGGUGUCGGUGCUGCUCUAG